UCGCUCAAACACACGGAGUUCUGGCAGUGUGAUUUCGGGAAAGGCAUUCAAGGAGUGGUAUGAAGAGAAAUGGAUGAGCGUUAAGGAGAUGUGGGUGUUUGCAUAUCAUACGGCGUUCCUGUCCGAUAUUGUUAUGACAAACCUGACAUUUGAACGUCAGAGAAAAGAUUUUUCCCACAAGGAGUUGUUGAAUGAGGGAGCAACGUUACUCAGUGUCGUAUUGAAAACGAUCAUUGAAUCCCUUUUGCCUGCUAAACGAAAUUUCUACAAUGAACAAAACGUUCCACUCUCAAACCAACAUUGCAACAUCCCUUCAUUCUACCACACCCGACCACGUCAUCUUACUCAACACAUGGCCGAGACCAUGACAAACCUCGGUGAAUAUAUCGCAGAUGAUGUUGUUGUGAACAGCCUUGCAAGAGGAGAAUUCUUUGUGAAGUCCUCUCAUUCUGAUUUGGAAUAUAAAGUUCAAUUUGGAGACGACGGUAAGCUUCCUCAAUGCGAGUGCAAGAUUUGGUCCAAGACCAUGUUACCUUGCGAGCAUUUCUUGGCCGUUAUGCAACAUUGCAAGAACUGGAACUGGUCAAAUUUCCCGGAAAGAUAUCGUAACUCUCCGUAUCUUACACUGGACUGUGAAGUCACGCACGAAGAGAAAGAGACAGAUAAGAAUGUGGGUACAGACGACGGAAGGAUAUCAAUAAAUGGAAACGCAGUCCAACAAGAUUUAAGUCAGUUAGAUCUGACUUCUAGAGAAACCAGCCAGUUAGAUUCAAGUGAGAAUACACAAGAUCCAAGCGUAAAUCCAGCUAAUCCUAAUCAUCCUGGUCAAAAUGGAUUAGAUCCGCGAUCAAAUGAAGCGGAGAGCAAAGAUGUUAUUCCUCCUGUGAGCUUACACGAAGUUUUACUUGACAGAAAAUCUGGUUUGAAAAGUGCAGCAGCAGAGUGCCGUGAUUUAUUAAAUGACAUAAAUAAUUUGACUUUUCUCAUUUCGGAUAAGCACGUUCUCGUAUCGUUACGUGAUAAUCUUCAGGAAACACUUGAGAAUCUCAAACAAUCUGUUGUUGACGAUGAUGUCUCUGAAGGACAAAACGAGGGCAAUAAAAAUAAAGUGUUUCUGUUGAAAGACAGGAAACGUCCUGGGGAUUGGGUCGAAGAGACUGUUGGAUGUAAGAUAUUCAAGGUGGGUGAAGACGUAGAGAGUGAGGUUGAAGCAGAUGAAAUGACUGUUGGUGAUUCUACCAAUCAAGUCUUGGAAUGUGUUGAUAGUAAUGAUCAGUAUAGGUCAAUCAAUGGUAAUUCUUCUAUAUCUGAGGAGGUUUCUGGUGGUAAUAUUGGAAGGAGUGAGGAUAUAAAUGGUAGUGGAGGAACAUCUGGUGGUAUAAGCGACGAUGUUGCAACAGCUGAGGGUAUAAACGGUGAUGAUAUUGCAGCCAAUGUUUUGAACCCUAGUCAGAGUUCAUCUGAAAAUAUGAAUUACAAUAUCAAGACAUCUAGGAACCCAAGGGAUUUCUAUGGUCAUAUGAAUUGUAGUAAUGAGGAAUCCGGGAGUACUAACGAUGAUCUCGGGAUAUCAGGGGAUGUUGUGAAUGUGGAAACACCAGCUGAUACCAACGUCAGCAGUGGAAUAUCGGUAAUGACAGUUGAUAAGGGCAUAAUUAUGACAACUUCUGUCAACACUUCACAAGAAUCAACCGAGAACCACACCGUCCAAUUACAAUUGAAUACUGGCCAAUCAAAUCACGGUUCUGCAUUGAGUUUCUCAGAAUUUGAAGAUAAGAACGAGUUGUUGCAUUCCAACUCUCCUGGAAGCUUAACAAAGUAUGAAGAGAGGAUUCUGAUAAAACAAGAAAUUAUUCGACACUCUACGGUUAAUCUUGCUCAACAGUUUUUACAGAAAUCAUUUCCCAAUAUUAAUGGUCUUCAGAUUAUUGAUCGCGGUUCGAUUCAAACAUUUGAACACGUCAGUGGUGAUUUUAUUCAGAUUUUAAAUGAUGGUUACGAUCACUGGGUCUGCGUGAGUAACCUGGAGAUUGAUGUAAAAGAUCCUGCAACUGUGAACAUGUAUGACAGCAUGAAUCAAGGUUUUAUAGCCAAGUUUACCAAACAACAACUCGCCUCGUUCAUGUGUAUUCAGAGCGCAGAGAUGAAAAUUAUCAUGAAAUCAGUUCAACAACAAACCUCUCACGUUGAUUGUGGUGUAUUUGCCAUCGCCUUUGCGACAGCGCUUGCGCUUGGCCAAGACCCGAGCAAGUUACGAUAUGACGUACCAAAAAUGAGACCACAUCUUGUUGAGUGUUUGAAGUUGAAGAAGAUGAGUCCAUUUCCUGAGAUGAAACCUGGCAGCGAGAUCGUCCUGUCUAAGAGGAAGUUCUACACAGUCGAGUUGUUCUGUAGUUGUCGUAUGCCUUAUGAGAAACCAAAAAGUGAAGCUGACCUCAUGGCACAGUGUGGGAGCUGCAAGGAAUGGUUUCAUCCACAAUGUGACAGUCUAAAGACGUCUAAACAUAAAUCUAUGUGCAGAUACUGUUCAAGGAAAUUGUAAACUUGAGGUUUCAAACUGCUAAACGUCUUACCAUUAAUAAUGUAAAAAGUUCUAUUUAAUA